CUAGCAGUUCUAACAGCUGUGUAUCAAGGUAGUUGCUAAUGUUCAGAAUGAGACGCGGAACUACAGUAAGAUAGAGAGCGCUUCUGCUCGGACCUUUAACGGUGUUGCACCGGAGGAUUAUGUGACCUGCUCCUGUCAUUCUAAAUUCGCGAUUUUGUUGGAUCUGAGGAGGAAAAAAAUCACCCUGAAAGCUCUACCAUGACGCUUUUUCAUUUCGGAAAUUGUUUUUCCUUGGCCUAUUUCCCGUAUUUCAUUACAUACAAAUGUAGUGGAUUGUCCGAAUAUAAUGCAUUUUGGAGAUGUGUCCAAGCAGGUGCUACCUACCUCUUUGUGCAGCUGUGCAAGAUGCUGUUUCUUGCAACAUUUUUCCCCACCUGGGAGGGAGGAGCUGGCGUGUAUGAUUUUGUUGGGGAGUUCAUGAAGGCCACAGUGGACCUGGCCGAUCUUCUAGGUCUUCAUCUGGUUAUGUCCAGGAAUGCUGGGAAGGGCGAAUAUAAGAUCAUGGUGGCAGCUAUGGGCUGGGCUACAGCCGAGCUCAUCAUGUCAAGAUGUAUUCCGUUAUGGGUGGGAGCUCGCGGCAUUGAGUUUGACUGGAAAUACAUUCAAAUGAGCUUUGAUUCCAACAUCAGUCUGGUACAUUAUAUUGCUAUGGCAGCAGUAGUUUGGAUGUUCACUCGAUACGACCUUCCCAAAAGCUUCCGUCUCCCUGUUACCAUCCUGCUGGGAUUGUGUGUUUAUAAGGGCUUUCUUAUGGAGCUGUUUGUUCAUGUUUUCCUCCUGGGCAGCUGGACAGCUCUCCUAGUGAAGGCCGUACUCACUGGUGCCAUCUCCCUGUGUUCGCUCUUCCUAUUUGUCACACUCGUUCACAGCAACUAAACCCUUAUACUGUACAGUGCCUUCACUCAAGAGGCAUUUCAAGUAUUUGAAGAACUGAUCCACAUUCCUACUUCGAAUACUGUUGACUUUUGUAUCUGCUGCAAGGAGACUGUGAGAGUAUAACUGUUAUUAGUGAACAUGUGUUUAUACUUUAUUCCAUUAACUAAAUAAACAUUUGACUUCAAUAUGAAGGGAAUAAUUUUUGGAAUACAGUUUUGGGAGAGAAACCAAACUUACUCCAAGAAAAACCUUAUUAACGACAAACUAAUUUAUUAAUAAAGGCCACAUGGGACACAAA